AUGAUGUUUACAGCCAUUGAAGCAAUUCCUGAAGGCGUUUAUGUAACAGAUCUUCCUGGUUUCCAAGGCGCCUUCCCAUCAAAACACUAUUCAGGGUACGUAGAAAUAGACACUGAGAGGUAUCUAUUCUAUUACUUCGUUGUUUCUGAAAGAAAACCGAAGGAUGAUCCUGUUGUUUUAUGGCUCAAUGGAGGACCUGGAUGUUCUAGUUUUGAUGGAUUUGUCAAUGAACAUGGUCCAUUCAACUUUGAAAUUGGAAAGCCACAUGGAAGCCAACCAACAUUGCAUCUCAAUCCAUACAGUUGGUCUAAGGUUUCAAAUAUUAUUUAUUUGGAUUCUCCACUUGGUGUUGGGUUCUCUUACUCUAAAGACAAAACCAAAUAUGCAACUGGAGAUCAUAUAACUGCUAUUCAUACACAUAAAUUCUUGGUAAUGUGGUUUAAACUAUACCCAGAAUUUGUGAAUAAUCCAUUUUAUAUCGCUGGAGAAUCAUAUGCUGGUGUCUAUAUACCAACUCUUGCUACAGAAAUAAUACAAGGAAUCAACAAUGGCGUUAAACCCAAAAUUAAUUUCAAGGGCUAUAUGGUGGGAAAUGGGAAGGCCGUACCUGAUUUAGCAUUUGAUACCGAUGUUAAACUCCAUUUUAUGCUUGGUAUGGGACUUAUCCCAUAUGAUCUCUUUGAGGAUAUUCAAGUUAGUUGCAAGAAUGAUUAUAACCAAGACAAGUGUCACUUUAACCUCAAUAAGGUUGCCAAGAUAGUUGAUGGCAUGAACAAGUACAAUACCCUUGAACCAUGUUACCAUCCACCAAAAGAAAAUGAAAUUUCGACAUCAAUGUCUCUUCUGGUGAAAAAUCGAACGGUUGAUCUUAAAGACUUUGCUAGCUUGUGGACUAAUAGUAAAGGGGUCGAUGAUUGCCUUAAUGAUGACGCUGCAACUACAUGGCUAAAUAAUCCAUUAGUUAGGAAAGCAAUCCACGCAGAGCCGGUUGAUAAGAUCGGGCUUUGGGCCAUUGUCUCAGAAAACAUUCUUAAUAAUUAUCAAAAAUAUGCCGGAAGCAUGAUUCCGUACCAUAAGCAGCUAACGACGGCAGGGUAUCGCGCGCUUUUAUACAGUGGAGACCAUGAUAUGGUUGUUCCAUUUACUGGAACCCAUAGAUGGAUUAAAUCACUUGGAUAUGACAUCGUUGAUGACUGGAGGCCAUGGAUAGUGAAUGGACAAGUUGCCGGAUUUUUAGAAGGAUAUGACCAUGGACUCACAUUUCUCACCAUUAAGGGUGCGGGCCAUAGAGUCCCUUACAACAAGCCCCAAGAGGCAUUGCAUUUUUAUAGCCGUUGGUUGGACCAAAAGCCAAUAUGA